AUCAAAGUGGAUCAGACAGUACCAACAACAUGCAUGCUGCACGCGGAGCGCGCCCUUUGUCUAUCUCGCACUUGUGACGAAAGGGGAACCCCACAUCCAGUGCUCUUACAUAGGCAGUGACGUGUCUGCUGGUCUGAAGACACUUCAUUAUGAGACAAUUGAGGGUGAAGCCCCAGCAUCCUUCCAUGAAAUUAACAAAGCGCAGUCUAAAAAAAAAACGCAUUUUGUUAGAGGUGAGUCAACGCAUUGGAUUUUCGAUUGAAAUUUCACCUUUCAUGUGGAAUUAGACUCACAGCCUCACAGUGAAUAACGACUGUUGUGUGUGCCAGUUCGGUUAAAAUCUUAGCCCACGCAGUGAUGUCAUGUGGGUUAGCCUACACCUGUGAAUGUAAAUGCAGCUGCACCUGUGUGGACUGUCACAGACACCUAACCGUUUGACAACAGAGGCAGCUGUUUGGUUUAGCCUAUUUUAAACCAGAUGCUGUUAGCUCUCUGUAGUUCCAGCAGGCAGUUCUUCAGAAUAGUCGCAUAUCUUUCCCUUUGUUAAUUCGCCUGCGCUGCUUCUAUGCUAGAUGGGCUGAAUUAAUGUAGGAUAUUUAUAUUACUGACCACAUAAUUAUCAAAAUGAUGACUAUAUGUAAUGGCUGACGAGGUUGUCAGCCAAUAUUUCAACAGUUAUAUUUGCCGACGACGAAGGGUUAAAGAGGCGCAGUCGCCACCACUGAAAUCAUCAAUGUUGAGCGCACAGACCACACUCCUCCAGAGCGAUCACAUCUCAACGAACUAGCACGGACGUUACCCUACGUUUUCUUCAACUAGACUACUGGUUUCUCUCUGUUGCUUCCAUCGGGUGCCACGGAAACAGUGAAGAAUAAGGCCAGGAGGAGAGGAAAAAAAGGACGCAACUAUGGCAAAACCAAGGUUCCUUGGCAGGCUGACCGACUCCCCCUCCCCAGAGUCUGCAAUGACAAAUGACAAGAAGUAACCUCUCGUCUUGCCAUUCACCUGAGAGGAUAUCAUUUUUGACAGAUCAAGGGACGUAAACAAACACUGGCUCCUCUCCUUGGAAACUGGAAACUGUCUCGCGAUCCCCCUGGCGCGCAAAUAAAGUGGAGGCUCAUUUCUAGAACGCUACUUUUCACUUAGAGGUCCAUCUCAUGAAGUUACAAAAACGGAGGUCGAGGAUUACAGUAUUUAUUAUUCUAUGACGAGGGCACAGUGAAUGUCGUCCGUUUGUCGGGACUCGUCGACGUAGAGGUCAGCAUCGGCGACAGAAAGUCCAACAACUCCAGUGGGAUAGCGUACAGCAAAGAUGCCAGUCCGAAGGGGUCACGUGGCACCACAGAAUACUUUCCUCGAUACCAUCAUUAGGAAAUUCGAUAGUCAAAGUCGUAAGUUCAUCAUUGCCAAUGCCCGGGUGGAGAACUGCGCCAUCAUAUUCUGCAACGAUGGCUUCUGUGCCAUGUGCGGCUACUCGCGGGCUGAGAUCAUGCAGAAGCCCUGCACCUGCAACUUCCUGUACGGCCCUCACACCAAGCGGCUGGCCAUCGCCCAGUUGGCUCAAGCACUGCUGGGCUCGGAAGAGAGGAAAGUGGAGAUCAACCUCUACAGGAAGGACGGUGUGUGUUUCCUGUGUCUGGUGGAUGUGGUGCCGGUGAAGAACGAAGAUGGCCUGGUGAUCAUGUUCAUCCUCAACUUCCAGGUCAUUUCAGACGACAAACAGCCCAACCAGGACCUCAACCACAAGCUGCCCCCCUGGCUCCCCACAGGCCGGCCGCGUGGCUUCAAGCUCCGCCUGCCCUCACUUCGCUCCCUCAGCAACAGCAAAGCCUCUCUGGACGACCCAGAGACAGGGCGCCUCCCGGCCCCUGGCUACCCCAGCCACGAGUCCCUGGCUCUGGGAGAGCUGCUCUCCCUGCCCACAUUACCUCCGGGGCACAAGAGCUCCAGUAGCGCAGGCAGCAGCAGCAGGCCGGCCCUCCUGUGGCCCGAGGACCAGCGCGGCCUGCUGGGCUCAGAGCAUCCGCCGCCCGCCGCCCUCUCCUCGCUGCCCCCCAGCCAGUCGCCAUCCCACAUCGUCCUCCAGACGCUCAACCCGGACGUCUCUCUGUCCAACUGCAGUCUGUCACACAGUCGCUCCCGCGAGAGCUUCCACAGCAUGCGGCGGGCGUCGUCAGUGGAUGACAUCGAGGCCAUGCGGCCGGCAUCAGACCGGAAGUACAGCACAGCCCAUCCCAUCCACAGCAGCACAGGGGCGGUGAACAACAAGUCCAACAUCCUCAACUCCACGUCGGACUCGGACCUCAUGCGCUACCGCACCAUCAGUAAGAUCCCUCAGAUCACCCUGAACUUCGUGGACUUCAAGGCGGACCCCAUGAUCACGCUGCCCGCGGGGGACAUGGACAUCAUAGCCCCCUGCAAGCUCAUCGACCGCACACACCACGUCACCGAUAAAGUCACCCAGGUGCUGUCGCUGGGUGCUGACGUCCUGCCAGAAUACAAGCUCCAGGCCCCUCGCAUCCACAAGUGGACCGUCCUCCACUACAGCCCCUUCAAGGCGGUGUGGGACUGGCUCAUCCUGCUGCUGGUCAUCUACACGGCUAUCUUGACCCCCUACUCCGCCGCCUUCCUCCUCAACGACCACGAGGAGGCUGCUAUGGUGAACUGUGGCUACUCGUGCUCGCCGCUCAACGUGGUUGACCUAAUCGUGGACAUCAUGUUCAUCGUGGACAUCGUCAUUAACUUCAGGACGACAUACGUCAAUACUAACGACGAGGUGGUCAGCGCCCCGCUGAGGAUAGCGGUCCAUUACUUCAAGGGCUGGUUCCUUAUCGACAUGGUGGCAGCCAUUCCCUUCGACCUGCUCAUCUACCGCAGUGGAGAGGAGACGACUACUCUGAUAGGCCUGCUGAAGACAGCCCGCCUCCUGCGGCUGGUGCGCGUGGCGAGGAAGCUGGACCGCUACUCGGAGUAUGGCGCCGCCGUCCUCUUCCUGCUCAUGUGUACAUUCGCCCUUAUCGCCCACUGGCUGGCGUGCAUCUGGUACGCCAUCGGCAGCGUGGAGCGCAACGGCAGCAUUGGCUGGCUCCACACGCUGGGCGAGUCUUUGGGGAAACACUACAACGAGACGGUGCAGGGCUCGGGCCCUUCCAUAAAGGACAAGUACGUGACGGCACUCUACUUCACCUUCUCCAGUCUGACCAGCGUGGGCUUUGGCAACGUCUCCCCCAACACCAACUCUGAGAAGAUCUUCUCCAUCUGCGUCAUGCUUAUCGGAUCUCUGAUGUACGCCAGCAUCUUUGGGAACGUGUCGGCCAUCAUCCAGAGGUUGUACUCGGGUACAGCGAGGUACCACACCCAGAUGCUGCGGGUCCGAGAGUUCAUCCGGUUCCACCAGAUCCCCAACCCACUGAGGCAGCGGCUGGAGGAGUACUUCCAACACGCCUGGUCCUACACUAACGGCAUCGACAUGAAUGCUGUGUUGAAGGGGUUUCCAGAGUGUCUCCAGGCUGACAUCUGCCUCCACCUCAACCGUACCCUCCUGGAGAACUGCAAAGCCUUCAAGGGCUCCACUAAGGGCUGCCUGCGAGCCCUGGCCAUGAAGUUCAAGACCACCCACGCCCCGCCCGGCGACACCCUGGUGCACGCCGGCGACGUGCUCACCGCCAUCUACUUCAUCUCCCGCGGCUCCAUCGAGAUCCUCCGAGGUGACGUGGUGGUGGCCAUCUUGGGGAAGAAUGACAUAUUUGGCGAGCCCAUCAACCUUUACGGGCGAGCUGGGAAGUCUAACGCCGAUGUGAGAGCUCUGACCUACUGUGACCUCCAUAAGAUCCACAGAGAGGACGUCCUGGAGGUGUUAAACAUGUACCCCGAGUUCUCCGACCACUUCUGGAUGAACCUGGAGAUCACCUUUAACCUCCGGGAUACCAAUAUGAUUCCUGGCUCUCCAGAAAGUGACAACUCAGACUGUAUAGGAUUCAACAAACUGCGCAGACGCAAACUAUCAUUCCGGCGCCGGACAGAGAAGGAUGAUGCAGAUGCAGGAGAGAUUAAAAAGGAAAGAGCCAAUAAACCACUACGGCGGAGACGGAAGGAGGCGGCCAGUAACCAGGGGGAGGGGCCUCUGAGCUCAGUGUCCUCCCACUCCAGUGGCGACGAAGGGGAGGAGUCUGUGGUCACAUGCCCUGCCCCUCCAUCGGCUCUGCAUGAGAUGUCCCCGGCUCAGGCCACCACCCUGAACUUCAGCGACACUCCGGAGGGGGAGGGAGACCCCAAGGGGGGCAACACCUGCAAUGCACUCACAGGAGCAUUUUCAGGGGUGUCCAACAUCUUCAGUUUCUGGGGUGAGAGUCGGGGCAGUCGUGAGUACCAGGAGCUGCCGCGCUGCAGCCUGCCCUACCCUCCCCCUCUUAACACACCCAACAUUGGCCGCAGGCAGCGCACCGAGCUGGAGAACAGACUGGACCUGCUGCAGAAGCAACUCAACAGGCUGGAAACGAGGAUGUCGACAGACAUCGGGGCAAUCAUGCAACUACUACAGCGUCAGAUGGCCCUGGUGCCCCCAGCCUACAGCACCGUGUUGUCUCCCCCUCAGGCCUCACCCUACCCUGGCCCUGGUCCUGGAGAGAGGCUGGUGCAGUCUGAGACACUGGCUUCCCUCUCACAGAUCUCACACCCCCAGGACUUUGAGGAGUUCCCCGGCAAGUCGUGUGACUCUCUCCGCAGCCCUGAUCAGCUGCACCCCCAGGACUCGCCUCUGGUCAGCCCCAUCGAGACACGACGAGACACCACUGGGCUGGGCAGCUUAAUCCUGGACCUGGACCUGGACCUGGACAGCCUGGAGCUAGAACUAGGGGCUGGGUCAGUGGCAGGGUUGGGGUCAGGGAUGCAGGCAGGUUCAGGGUUGGGGUCAGGGAUGCGGGCAGGUUCAGGGUUGGGGUCAGGGAUGCGGGCAGGUUCAGGGUUGGGGUCAGGGAUGCGGGCAAGUUCAGGGUUGGGGUCAGUGGGAGGGGCGAAUGGCCUGGACCCUGACACCCAGCGAAGGCUCUCUCUGCCUGAGCCACAGACGCCCCUGGACUCACAGACACCGCAGAGGCACAGCUCCGACCCUGGGGGGAGCUAAGGAGCGGUGAGGGGGAGAGAGGAGAAUGGGGACAGAGAGAGGGAAAGGAGGGGUAGCUCUGUUUUUCCCUCUUUCCCAGUCACACAUCUCAUUGGGUCCUUCCCAUAGUCCAGGCGUAAACAGACACACAUAAGGGGGCGUCCCUUUUCUCCCUUCAGCCUCUAAAACCUGCAUGAGUGUGCCUCACCUCUGACCUGAGGAGAAACCUUGUUUGGAGAGGGGGGAUGUCUCUCUUUUUCAGGGGUCCCUUCCCCUAUCCGGCUCCUAACGUUACCACAGCGUUACCAGACAGACAGACAGACAGACAGACAGACAGACAGACAGACAGACAGACAGACAGAGAGAGAGAGA